AUGGUAGCAUCUAACGCCCCUGAAAAACGUUACGGCCGCCGUAACGGCCGCUUACGACACNCCAUCCCUGAGGUGGGUCAAGGGUCCAUCCCUGAGGUGGGUCAAGGGUCCAUCCCUGAGGUGGGUCAAGGGUCCAUCCCUGAGGUGGGUCAAGGGUCCAUCCCUGAGGUGGGUCAAGGGUCCAUCCCUGAGGUGGGUCAAGGGUCCAUCCCUGAGGUGGGUCAAGGGUCCAUCCCUGAGGUGGGUCAAGGGUCCAUCCCUGAGGUGGGUCAAGGGUCCAUCCCUGAGGUGGGUCAAGGGUCCAUCCCUGAGGUGGGUCAAGGGUCCAUCCCUGAGGUGGGUCAAGGGUCCAUCCCUGAGGUGGGUCAAGGGUCCAUCCCUGAGGUGGGUCAAGGGUCCAUCCCUGAGGUGGGUCAAGGGUCCAUCCCUGAGGUGGGUCAAGGGUCCAUCCCUGAGGUGGGUCAAGGGUCCAUCCCUGAGGUGGGUCAAGGGUCCAUCCCUGAGGUGGGUCAAGGGUCCAUCCCUGAGGUGGGUCAAGGGUCCAUCCCUGAGGUGGGUCAAGGGUCCAUCCCUGAGGUGGGUCAAGGGUCCAUCCCUGAGGUGGGUCAAGGGUCCAUCCCUGAGGUGGGUCAAGGGUCCAACCCUGAGGUAGGGGAAGGCGUUAAAUUAUGUGUCAGAAAUUCCAUACGAGAUGAGGAAGGGGGAGGGACGCAGGCGCGGGACAAAGGAGGGACGCAGGCGCGGGACAAAGGAGGGACGCAGGCGCGGGACAAAGGAGGGACGCAGGCGCGGGACAAAGGAGGGACGCAGGCGCGGGACAAAGGAGGGACGCAGGCGCGGGACAAAGGAGGGACGCAGGCGCGGGACAAAGGAGGGACGCAGGCGCGGGACAAAGGAGGGACGCAGGCGCGGGACAAAGGAGGGACGCAGGCGCGGGACAAAGGAGGGACGCAGGCGCGGGACAAAGGAGGGACGCAGGCGCGGGACAAAGGAGGGACGCAGGCGCGGGACAAAGGAGGGACGCAGGCGCGGGACAAAGGAGGGACGCAGGCGCGGGACAAAGGAGGGACGCAGGCGCGGGACAAAGGAGGGACGCAGGCGCGGGACAAAGGGCCACUCUGGGCCCUCAGACAAGGCCCCUGA